CUCACACGGCGCUGUGUGAUUACAUCGGCUUUCUUUACUUCCCCGGGUAGGACGUGACAACACAGGAUCCCGGAAAGAAUUUCAAACUCCUUAGUUAUUUUCGGAGUAUUGCACCAGUUCUCCCAGUUCAACCAUUUAUUUUCUUUCGGAUUUUACAAAGAGAUAUAUAUCUUCGUAGACGUCGUUAUAAUGUCUUGGCAAAGCUACGUGGACAACCUGAUGGCUGAUAACUGUUGCCAGGAUUCCGCCAUUGUUGGGUACACGGACGCAAAAUAUGUCUGGGCUUCAUACGCCGGUGGUACAUUUACAAACAUAACGACAGAAGAAAUAGAUGUCAUCGUUGGAAAAGACAGAGAGGGAUUCUUCACAGGUGGCCUUACCCUAGGCAAGAAGAAGUGUUCUGUUAUCAGAGAUAGCCUUCAAAUCGAUGGGGACUGGACAAUGGACAUCAGGACAAAGAGCCAAGGGGGCGAGCCAACAUACAACGUUUCCGUAGGAAGAGCUGGCAAGGCUUUGGUUUUAGUCAUGGGAAAGGAAGGUAUCCAUGGAGGGCAGCUGAACAAGAAAGCUUUUACCAUGGCCGACUACCUGAGGAAAUCUGGAUACUAAAGCGGCCCCUCCCCAUCCCCAUCCCCAUCCGCACAGACAGACAGCAGCAUACUCAUUAAAGCACACCUCUAUCCCCCAACAUGUGGACAGCACUACCAGGCUUGAUUAGCAGAUCCAUUGUCUGUCUUUAUGUUUUCUUUUGCCCCCCUUUUUUUACAACAUGUCUAUUAUUCUGCCCCCUUCUGAAUCUGCAAUCGUCUGCUGUUUAAAUGAUUCUGAGAUGUCAGCCGGCCCGUCAGUCACCCAGUCAUCUCCUUGUUGUGCCACACCGAAAAAUAAGCAUGUUUGAUGGUUUAGUGUAUGGGGGAUAAGGUGUGCUGUGCAGGCUUUGGUAUGUGUAAAACUAUUACAAUUUGGACCUUACCCAGUAAUUUUUUUUUGCAAUUUGAUGUGUCGUUUAGUUCCAUAUAGACAAGUUAGUAUAAUGGUGCUGCACAAAACAGCUUUGGGUAGAUAUGUCCUCUCGUGCUAAGAGCCAGUCCUGAGCUCUGAUGGUCUUCCUGUUUGUACAGCAUGCCACGGGAGGGUACACUGCAUGUCAAGUUUAUUUGUAACAACACACUUCAUACCACAGGCAUAUAAUCAAUAUGCUUGCAUAUCUUUAGUUGAAAUGUCAUUGUUUGUUUUUUUGUUUGUUUGUUUUUGUUUUUCAUCUGAUUAAUUUUAUUGCAUACUACAACUUUUUUUUUUUUGCUCAAAGGUUAUCUUGAGGAGUUUUCUGAAUUUACCUUUUUUAUUAUUAUUAUUUGAUUGCAUUUUGAUCAACAACUUUCGCUGUUGUGGUCAGACAUGGUCUUUCAUGCCGGUGUGUGUGUGUAGGUAAUGUUGGAAUCUGGUUGAGAUGGCAGAUCAGCAUUUAAGAAGAGAGGGGUGUAUUACCCUAGACAGAGCCUUGGAUCAUGGACUGUGCAAGGACAUUCCACCGGUACAAUGGCUCAGGCACUUACCUGUGUUUUUUGCCACUUUUUUUUUUUAAACAAAUGUGCUGCCAUCCCAGUGUAACUGUUUUUUGCGUCCAGUUUUUCUCUAUAGGACCAAUUGUUUUUGUUGCAUCAAGGGGUUUACUAACAGGACUGCGCUUGGAACUGAUGUGAAGGAUGAGUGAUGAGUGCUCGCUUCAUCUGUUUGCUGACUAAACAUGUUAUAAAAGAUAAAAACACAUAAUCACUCAUGUCAUAACACUUAACUUUACAACUCUACUGGGUCACAUGACUGUAAAAAUGGUUUAACUUGACAUGUCUAAACAAAUCAGUGCUACAAAGAAUAUAACACUUUAUACUUGAUCGUCACUCAUGAAUGUCACAAGACCUAUGAAGUGGAUUGAUGGAUUGGCAGUCAGCUUAAACUUUGUCACGAGUUACUUGGAAGAAUGCACUUGACUAUUCAUCCAUGAUGUGAAGGAAACCAUUUGGAAUUGCCUUGUGCUCUUCAUCAAAUGCAAUGUAUGGAACUGUCAUAGCACGGUACAAAACAUUAAAAAGACAAAAAAAAUUAAAUAUGAAACUGUGUACAUUACAUUUUCUGGGAUAUGUUGGUGUUGGAAAAAUGACCACUGUAGUCAGUGUUGUGGAAAAUCAAAGGACAAAAAGUGGUAAUAUUUUACUUGACCCCAGUGUCCUAAGCAUGUCAUUACAGUGUGGUGAUGGUGUCAUGACACCGUCAUAAAUAAGUCAUAAACAUCAUGCCCAUGUCAUAAACAUUUUAAGACUGUUGGCCUUAAGUGACAUUCGGUUAUGGCAAAGACCGAAUGUCACUUAAGGCCAACAGUCAAAAAAUGAUUAUGACAUGGACAUAAUGUUCAUGACGCAUGCAUUACUGUGCCAUGACACUAUUAUGACACUGUAAUGACAUGCUUAUGACACCAGCGUCAAAGUGUUACCCAAAAAGCUGUAUCCUGUGCCAUACUGUAGAUCUGUUGCUACUGUGAGAUGGAUUUUUAACCGUUGCCUUGCAAGAAGCCCUUUCUUCAAUGGCACUUAACUGUGGGAUAUUGGCGUUAAACCAAAAAUCGUAUAAGAGAGAAAAAUAUGUCGAACUCCGCCCAUCCAAUCCAAAGGAUUGUGCUCAAAAUUCGGUCUCCUAAGGGGGCGUUGUCCCUUCCUUCUUCUCUUUUUGUGGUGUUUGCACAAGUGCGCUACCGCCAUCUGCAGCGCUAAGGGAACUACAUUAUUCUCAACCUCAAGACUCCUAAGGUCUCCUAAAGGGUCGUUCACCCGACAUCACAUGAUACCGGAAAAGAACCAGUCUGAAGUAUCUCUCUCUCAUAUACGAUUCUCUGGUUAAACUCUUCCAGGGAUUGUGGAAUAUGUACAGAUUAAAAAAGUUCUAGGUUUAAUCACCAAAAUGUGGUUUUUGUUCCCUUUUUUCAUACACCUGAAUACAGUGGAGCAGUUGAUAACUCUUCAUGGAGAAAAUGCCAUGAUUUAUUAACCAUCUUGUUUACAGACAGAUCAAAUAAAUGUAUUCCAACCAUA